GCCAUCCCUCCCUCGGCCGGGCGGCCCGGCGCCGGGGGCGCUGCCUGGAGGGCGGGCGGGCGGGCGGGCGCUGCUGGGGCGCGCGCUGCUGCUGGGGCUGUCGGGGCGCGCGGUCAGAGCGGCCCCGGAGCGGCCGUGCCGCAGCCCCGGGAGGCGUCACCCGCGGCCGGAGCCUCCCCGCGCAUCCCCGAGGGGACGCUCCCUCCCGCUGCCCACCCGAAGCCGGGGCGCUGCCGCGAGCGGAGGCCUCGGGGUCCGGCGCCCGAGUCGAGUCCGGGAGCGCCUCCCUCCCUUACGCCCCGCUCGGGCGGCGAGAAGGGGCCGCGGAGGCGGGCAGCGCGCGCAGGGCUCCGGGCAGCAAGUGCAGCGACCGGCCGCGCUCAGCCCGCCCAGCCCCGAGCUCCGUCCGCAUGGCUCCGGCCGCGCCGCCGGCGCAGCGCUCCCGUCCGCGGGGCGUCCGCGGGGCCGCGGGCCAGUGCCGCCGGCGCAGCCCCGGGAGCCGGCCGGGCGGCUGCUGCUGGGCGCGGGUGCAGGCGGGCGGCUCGCCCCCGGCCCCGGCCCGCGGCCCCUGGCCCCCGGCGGCAGCUCGCUCCCGUGGGAGCCGGGCAGCCUCCGUCCGGCCCGCCCGCCCGGGCCGCCGCUUCCUUCGGGAGGGGCGCACGGGCCGGAGCCUCCCAGGGAAGUGUCGGCCCUCGCGGCCGCGGGGAAGCGGGGAAGCGCGGAAGCGGGGAAGCGCGGAAGCGGGGAAGCGCGGAAGCGGCGCCCGGCUCCGCGCCAGCCCCCACUGCGCUCGCCCGGGCGCUGCGCGGCGCUCUUAAGAGGGAGGAAGGAUUAGAAUCGCUUCCCGUUCGGGCGGCGCAGCUGCCACGCGGGCCCAGCGUCUCCCCCGCUUCCCGCGGCUCGUGCGGGCGUCGGCGGGCCCGGGCCGCCCACGGGGGUGUGCAGGGCGCGCCCCGGGCCUGCGCCGGGGCAACGAGGGGCCUCCAGGAUCAACGCUGCAAACGCGGCCACCGCCUGGAGGAUCUGGGCGAACUCUCUCUUCCCUUACUCGGCCGGGGCCGCUUACUACUGGGCUGA